AUGCUGUGUGUAUGGUGGGAUUGGAAGGGCAUCGUUUAUUAUGAGCUUUUACCGUCGGGUAAAACCAUCGACUCGGAUCUCUACUGCCAACAACUAAUGAGACUUAAGCAAGAAAUUGAAAAAAAAAUACGGUUGGAAUCGAUCAACAGAAAAGGAGUGGUUUUUCAUCAUGAUAACGCUAGACCACACACAUCUUUGGCCACUCAGCAAAAAUUGAGAGAGCUUGAUGGGGAAGUGUUAAUGCAUCCACCAUAUAGUCCUGAACUUGCACCCUCAGAUUUUCACCUGUUUCGGUAUCUUCCGAAUUAUUUGGGUAGUGCUAGGUUAACAUCAAGAGAGGACUGUCAAAACUACUUGUCGCAUUUUUUUGAUCAAAAAUCCCAAGGUUUCUACAGCAUCGGGAUUAUGUCACCACCUACAAGAUGGCAACAAGUUAUCGAACAAAAGGGCACAUAUAUGUUAUAA